CGCUAGCUCCUCUUUUAGAGGAGUAAAAAUGUCCAGUUUGCGGACGGAAUCGUCCAUAUGUACGCAUAUAUGUCGUCUUAACUGUGUUCAUCGGUUCACUUGAGAAUAUUCCAAUAUUUUCGGGGAGAAAAAGAAGCCAAAAUAUUAGGUCCACCGGUGAGCUAGCUAAGGUUAGCACCCCGAUAUCGCCUGAGUAUCGGCCGGAGGCAGCACCUGGGCAGCGGAGACUGUACUGUGUGUCAGACUGAGAGUCGCCUAGUUCUGGUUCAGAGACACCACACUCCAUCUGUCGCGGUUCCCCCGGCGAGCGACCGGAACCCUUAAUCGAAGAAAACGGGGAACAGAAUCGGUAAGCAGCAAGGCGGAGCGGCUGCGGCGGAGUCCGGUGAGAAAAUGGCGGGUAGCCCGGAGAAGAGCUCGUCAGCACAGGAGCUGAAGGAGCAAGGCAAUCGCUUGUUCCUCUGCCGAAAAUACCAGGAGGCCGCAACCUGUUACAGCAAAGCGAUAAAUCGGAACCCUUCUGUAGCAGUGUACUACACUAAUCGUGCGUUGUGCUACGUGAAGCUGCAGCAGUAUGAUAAAGCGCUGGCUGACUGUAAACAUGCCCUGGAGUUGGACAGCCAGUCUGUGAAGGCUCAUUUCUUCCUCGGCCAGUGUCACCUGGAGCUGGAGAACUAUGAAGAGGCCAUUGGCAACCUGCAGAGAGCGUAUAACCUGGCAAAGGAGCAGCGUCUGAACUUCGGCGAUGACAUUCCCAGUGCUCUGCGCAUUGCUAAGAAGAAGCGCUGGAAUAGUCUGGAGGAGAAACGGAUUAGCCAGGAGAACGAGCUUCACGCCUAUCUCACGAAACUCAUCCUUGCUGAGAAGGAGAGAGAACUGGAGGGCUGCAGGGAGAAACAGGAUGACAAUCAGAGUGAAAUCAGCAAAAUCAAAUCUAAACAUGAUAAGUAUCUGUCUGACAUGGACGAGCUGUUCUCUCAGGUGGACGAGAAAAGAAAGAAGCGGGAGAUUCCUGAUUACCUGUGUGGGAAAAUCAGUUUUGAGCUGAUGAGAGAGCCCUGCAUCACUCCCAGUGGGAUCACAUAUGACCGCAAGGACAUAGAGGAACACCUGCAGCGUGUAGGUCAUUUUGACCCUGUUACCCGUAGCCCACUGACCCAGGAUCAGCUCAUCCCCAAUCUGGCAAUGAAAGAAGUCAUUGAUGCUUUCAUUCAGGACAAUGGCUGGGUGGAGGACUAUUAACCUCAUACACACACAAACAAACACACACGUGCUGGACAGUAAAGCGUGUGUGAACAGAUUGAAUGCCCUCCUCACACACUGAAGGUUUGGAGUGCGUGUGUGAGACCAAUUACCCUGCUGUCUGUUUGCUUUAAUCACAACAUGUCUUUGUCCACACAAGUCAACACACACACCUCAGGCCCUGUCCUAUGCC